UCCGAUCGAACCGAGGACACAAAUCAACUGAAAGCUGUCGAUGAUCUCGAGAGAAAUGAUGAUCUUUCCCGUAGACGCGUGCACGCCGUGUCAGGCAUGAAAGCUGGGUGCUUACUUCAACUUCCCCGAGUGAUUCGUUGUUCCACGCGUCUCACAGGUUAUGUGAGACUCGUGCGAGUUGAUCACCCGGAGACACGCAAUCCAAGACGUGUAUCGACGAAUUAUGAUACGACUCAGUCCUUCAUGAGCAUCCUGGUGGCCUAACGAUGGAACGAAACGGUGCCAGGGAGAUGGAAGAACGCCGAUGCAUUCGGGAUACUGGAAGGGCCCUUAAGAAGUACGGAAGCACAGCCAAGCACAUAACGCGAACCGAGAGCUUGAUGAAGCACACAGUGUGCCCUACGGACACCCUCCAAGGAAUAGCUCUUAAAUAUGGAGUUACGACAGAACAAAUUAGAAGGAUCAAUAGAUUAUGGGCAUCGGAUAGUUUAUUUUUACGGGAACAUUUGCUUAUUCCUGUCAGUGCAGACAGUCCUGCCUCUAUGUGUAAUGACGAAUCGAUAGCUUCUGAGGAGCAUGAUGUCCCUCCAAGUAUAUCUAGUCCUUCUUCGAUAUCGUCAUCUAUUGACGAUGAAGGUUCAGUUAAUGAUUUCUUAGCUAAGAUGGAUACCUCGAUAGCCAAUGUCAAGAGAGAUGUCAAACGCACUCAAGGGAACAGUGAAUUUUGCACUGACGGCAAUGACGUUCACGUACAACGACGGCGAGGGUCUGCUAAAUUGCGAAAUUCAUUUCCCACCACAUCGAAUACUUACUCAACGUCCUCCUCUGACUCCACCAGACCAGUGUCCUCUAGUGAUAUGCAUAACUUUCCAACUGCUGUAGUUAUGACGCAAGGAAGAAGAGUAAAGACUUCCUUGCAAAGACUCGAGCAGCAGCAAGAUGAGAUGUUCCAGUUGUAGCGUCUAAGUUUCAUUGGGCUGUAAUAUCCUGUGUGUUGAUUGUUAUUAAAAAGCUUGUAGGAAAGGA